AUGGCAAUCCAAGACCUCUUCGAGUUGCCACUUUCUGUUUUUAUGUUAGGGCUGGUUGGAUUUUCAUGUGCCAUCUAUAUUGUGCGUUCCAUUGCCGAUGCCAUUGUCAAUGUGUUCUUUAGCCCAUUAUCCGAAUUUCCGGGGCCUAAGUUGGCGGCUGCAACAACCUGGUGGUCUGCCUACCAACAGGCUAUCCGCGGAAGAUCCAUGCAUCACAUUUGCAUAGAGCUCCAUGAGAAAUAUGGUGACAUUGUCAGAAUUGGUCCUAACAGGCUUCACUUCAACCACCCAUCUAUGUAUGAUGAGAUUUAUCGUCGUCGGUGGGAUAAAGAUCCCUUCAUGUAUGCCUUGCUGGGUGGAGAUGGUGCCACUGUCACAUUCGUCAAGUACGAGGACAACAAGCGCAGAAAGGAUAUAUUGCAUACGUUCUUCGCGAAAAGCUCCGUGUACAACGUCCAGUGGCUAAUUCAGGAAAAUAUUGAAAAAUUUUGUGGUCAUCUUACAAAGCACAAUGAACGUGGAGUGUCGUCUGAUAUGACACUGGGAUUCCGCUGUCUGGGCCUCGAGACUAUUACGGCGACGUGCUUUGGGAAAUCCGCGUCCUGUUUCGAGCACGAAGGCUUUGCCAGUCCCAUCUUAGAGGCAAUGGAGUCUAUUGUGACUUGGUUCAUGGUUUUCAAACAUUUUGGACUGUUCAGACGAGUAAUCCUGAGUAUCCCGGAGUGGGUUGGAUUGGCCUUGUUCCCCAAAGCUAUUGCCUUUGCGCAAAUGAGAAAGAUGUUCUCUGACCAGAUCGACGAGAUAACUAUGAAUCUUGACAAGGCAAACCAGUAUCCUCACCCCAUUGUCUAUCGUGCCUUAAUCCGCCCGGAAAAGAAGGACACUCCCAUUCCGUCUCGGGCCAGUUUACUUGAAGAGGCGGUUGCAUUGGUGAUUGCGGGAACGGACACAACCGGUUCAACACUCACUAUAGGUACCUAUCAGGUUUUGCGCAAACCAGAAAUAUACACUAAGCUCAAGGCUGAGCUCUUGGAGGCAUGGCCGAACCUCGAGCAGCGACCCAACGCGGGCGAUCUGGAAAAGCUCCCCUACUUGACUGCUGUUAUCAAGGAGGCUCUUCGGAUGGCUCCCACGACCACUUCGGAAAAUUCGAGGGUGGUCCAGGCGCAAGGGGCCACAAUUGGAGGAAAACAUAUUCCAGGCGGGACAAUUGUGAGCAUGGGAGUUCUAUUCCCGAUGCAGCACGAAGAUGCCUUUACCGAUGCACACGUGUAUAACCCCGAGAGGUGGUUGAGCGACGACGCCAAGGCACUCGAUAAAUAUUUCGUCCCUUUUUCGAAAGGACCUCGAAGCUGCCUGGGAAUUAACCUGGCAUGGUGUGAGUUGUAUCUCAGCUUCGCAAACCUCUUCCGUCGCUUUGACCUUGCCAUUGACGGUACCGAGGACUCCGAUUUCAACUGGGUGGACGUCGGACUGGCGUUGUUCGAGGGCCAUCUGCGAUGUUUCUGUACCCCGGUCAGCUCAUAA